UCCGGGGGAGCCGCCAUGAAGCUGAAGCGGCAGAAGCACGCCAAGAAGAACAUGGGCUUCUACAAGCACAACUUCCACUUCCGCGAGCCCUUCCAGGUGCUGCUGGACGGCACCUUCUGCCAGGCCGCGCUCCGCAACAAGAUCCAGAUCCGGGAGCAGCUGCCCGGCUACUUGGGGGGCGCCACCCAGCUCUGCACCACCCGAUGUGUUCUAAAAGAACUGGAAUCGCUGGGGAAGGCACUGUAUGGAGCAAAAUUAAUUGCCCAAAGAUUUCAACUUCGAAGCUGUUCUCACCACAAGGAUCCUGUGGGUGGUUCGGCCUGUUUACUUUCCAUGAUUGAAGAAGGCAACCCUCAUCACUUCUUCAUCGCUACACAGGACCAGGAGUUAGCAAACAAAGUGAAAAAGAAGGCUGGCGUUCCUCUCCUCUUUAUUAUUCAGAACACUAUGGUGCUAGACAAACCUUCUCCUAAAUCUUUGGCAUUUGUUCAAAAGUUGCAGAUGAAUGAGCUUGUUCCAGAGCACCAAAAACAAAGUAUUGUGCAGCUUAAAGAAAAAGAAGGACUAGCAAAGCAAGAAGGUGAAAAGAGAAGAAAACGUAAAAGGGCAGGUGGCCCCAAUCCUCUCAGCUGUCUGAAGAAGAAAAAGAAAACACAGGAGGGUCAGGAGCCUUCUGCUGAAAAGAAGAAAAGAAGAAAAAGAAAGCGAAUUAGGGUUAAAGCAGAAGCUGUGCAGUCAGUGCAGAAGAGUGGAGAAGAAUAAACCCAUCUUUGUGAACAAUGCAGGACUUGAACUUUGUUUGAGCUUGCAAAAAGAAAGAUUAAUAUGCAGUAUGUAAUGUGAAAUCAAGUCGCUAAUAUAAAAACUUAUUUUUAUAAGGUGUUACUGCUUCUUAUUGCAUCUCAACAUUUGCAGGUUAUUGUCUUAAUAAUUUAUUCUAUUGUUUAGAAAGUGGGUCUCUGACAAAAUAUUUAGGAACCCUCAUCAUUUCAACAUCUUGAUUCUUGCCAGAGGGUUUAUGUGAUCAGAGGCAAUUUUUUAGAAAUGCUUCUUGGGUUUCAUAUGGCUUUUGGUGGGAUGCUGGACUUCUUUCUAAAUCUGGGUUGCAAUUCUUGCUAAACUGGUUUUGACAGUUGUUCUGUUACAGAAUGUGGAAUUGACCUAUAAGAACAUAGUAUUUUAUUUGUAUUGUUUGAAUACAAAAGUUAACUCUUUUGCAAAGUGCCCAGGUGCCCUCAAGAAGUCCCUUCCAGCCUAAAUUACUCUGUAAACUCCACGUGAACUGGUAUGUCUACUGUGCAUGAUUCUUAUUUAUGAAGAAGAUCCUGAAGGGUGCGUGAUUGUGUUGAUAUUCCUGACAUUAUAAUGGCAUCUCUAGCAUGUCUAGUUUAUCUCUAGUUUAUUCUUCCUUUUUAAAUAGGAAGAAUGCAGCUUGGAAAUGCUGAAUCAAAGCCCUGCCUAACACCCAGUGCCAUCACAGGGUAGCACAGCUGUGGAGGAGUCCUGGGACAGAGCUCAUUGGAGGUGCUGGGACUCGGACCCUGUUGCGUGUUUCAUUGUCCUGUAAGCAGAACAGUGAACAGAACUUGGGACAAGAGGAAAUGGCCUCAAGUGGCGCCGGUGGAGGUUUAGAUUGGGUAUUAAGAAAAAAUUCCUCACUGAAAGGGUUGUCAAGCACUGGAACAGGCUGCCCAGGGAAGCGGUCAAGUUGCCAUCCCUGAAGGUAUUAUAAAUUAGACAUAGAGCUUAGUGAGAUGGUUUAGUGAUGGUUUUGUCAGUGGUAGGUUGAUGGUUGGACCUGAUGAUCUGAAAGGUCCUUUCCAACCUAGACAAUUCUAUGAGGGCUGGAGGAGGGAACUGCCAAAAUUGUUUCAAGUACCUGAUUUUCUUUAGUAGCUAUUUGCCUUACCUGGCAUGUUUGGUGGCAUUGAGAGGCAGAAGUGAGUGACUGGGAUGACGUAAGAGGGGUACGCAUAGUAGAAUAGUACCUGCUGUGGCAUCAGUUUGCUGUCACAGUGUUCCCAGUCUUCGCUUUGCCAGAUACUUAACUUUUCUCAGUGUGUUUCUACUUAACAGAUCUAAUUGUUGGAUGUCUGGAGUACAUAGGCAGCUAUAGUGUACGCUGCUUUCUGUUGGCUUUUCAAAUUAUAAGGCCAGUUGUUCUGUGGAGUUUGAGAAACCAGCGGGAGUGAUGGGAGUUGGCCAGUUUUGGGGGAAACUGCAGGGUCGUUCCCUGGGAUCUGCAGAGGCUGCUCCCAGCCGGGGCAGGAGAGGUUCCUGGGUGUGCUCUGCGUGCGGCAGGGUGCUCUGCUGCUGUGUCCCCGGCUGGAAGCUGUUCUAACACAGCUGGGGGGAGCGGACUCUGCCUUUCUUGUUCCAUGUGCACCUUGGGAACCGACCACGAGAGAUGGAAGCAGCAUGGAAAGGUGCUAUACUCGAGAGGAAAGCUUUAAUUAAAAAUUACAAAGUCACACUCAUCACGGCAUUGUUCCUACAUUGAUUGCUAAUGGUCCUGAGGAGAAAUUUAAUAACUCCUAGAAAGAUGCAAUAUGUGCAGCAUAUUUGUUCAAUAUAUAUUACCUUUCUCAAGCUGUCAUAGUCCCUUCUCCUUCACUUAUUUGGGCACGGUGCCAUGUUAAUGCAGUUUUGCUUCCCAUUCCCCCUUAGGUAUUUCUUGUAUUUCUUCCCCCUCUGCAAAGCCCCUCUCGCAGAAAGCACUGCUGUAAGUCGAGCUUGGAGCAGACAGCAGAGAUGGUUCCUCUUCAAAAUCUCAUUCUGAGACACAAGUGUAUUAAAACCCAGUAACUUAACUAAAAAUACUGUUUUUAAAAAUUGAGCAGAAAACAUACCCUAAUUAUUUACAAUAAUCCCUUUUAGUGCAUCAAAACACAAAGUUUCAACAUACCUUUUUUUGAAGACUCUAGACAGACAAAAGCGUAAUUACCCCCCCCUCCAAAAAGAGUAUUUUAACAGCCCUCUAGUGACUCCCACCUUAAGGAAUUUAAAAAAAUAUUUAUCUGUGUUUCCUUAGUAUUUUGCUAACACAAACUGAGUCACAGUGUUGCCAUUGGGCAGAACUGGAAUGGAAAGGGAGUGAGCUCUUCAGAGAAAAGCCGUAAGAUUUGUCUGCAGGGUGGCUGCAACUCUUCUCCUGCGGGGUAAAUAAUUUAAGCCUUUUGGUUUUGGAAGACAGCUCCUGCCCAGGCAACACCAUUUUGAAAUUUGAAAGGAAAACCCAUCCUAGUUUCUAAGUAAAAUACUACUGUUAUAGGUCCUCUGCUCCGUAUCCUGCCCAAAGCUGCAGUGGCCAGUCCCACUCCCCUGUUUACCAAUAAAUCCUCUUGAGAUCUAGCCACAUCUCUAGGAUAGAUGGGGCUCCCAGUGUGAUUUUCUAAUAAAGUUUAGGAUUGUUUUGCUGUUUGGGACUUGUUUUGGGUUUGAAACUACAUGAAGACAGAGGUAAAUUAAAAGGAUCUUGAGCGAAAA